AUGUUGACCUUGAAGUAUGCUGUUUUAACGUCACUUGUCCUAAUCUUCGCUCGUUGUCUCUUUAUUAUUGCCAAGAGCUUCUCUUCAUCAACUCGGCAUUUACCAGGUCCAUUUUGGGCGCGGUUUACUCGACUUUGGUAUUUUAAACGAGUCGCUCUAGGCGGAUUCGAGCGAGAGAACAUUGUGCUCCAUAGAAAACAUGGCCCAAUUGUACGGCUCGCGCCAAACAUGUUUAGCAUCGAUUUGCCAGAAUCAGUAAACACAAUAUAUGGCAUCGGUUCAAAACUGCCGAAAUCAGAAUGGUACGACGGGUGGAAGCAUCCGAGUCCCGAUGCCUGGACCUUGUUUCCAGAUAAGGAUAUCAAGAGGCAUGCUCAGACAAGAAGAGUAUUCCAAGGACUUUACAGCAUGUCUAGCCUAGUGAGCUACGAGAAAUACGUGGAUGAAUGUGCAGAUAUCCUACUAAAUCGCAUGUCCAUCUGUUCAAAAAGCCGCGAGCCCAUCAAUAUGGGCCACUGGUUCCAAUGCUACGCCUUCGACGUUAUUGGAAAUAUUACGUUUUCCAAGCCUUUUGGAUUCCUCAACCGUGGGGAAGAUGUUUCGAGCAUAAUGCGGGCUCUAAAUAAGGUUUUUGCCUAUUCUACUCUCAUUGGCAUAUACCCUUCUCUUCAUCCUUACAUUUAUAGUGUAACCAGUUUUCUCGGCAUAGGAGGAGCAGCCGGGCGCUCAUAUCUCAUACGCUAUGUCAAGGAAAGAAUUUUACAGAGGAAGAAUGAGAGAGAAAUAAAGGAAGAAAAGGACAGAGGACAAGCUCACGGAUUGCCUGAGGAUUUUCUCGAAAAAAUAAUGGUUAAGAAUAAAGACGCCCCAUCUAAGGUGACCGACUAUCAUGUGUUCAUGAUGAGCAUGUCGAACAUCAUUGCGGGCUCAGACACCACCGCUAUCAGCCUUUCGGCAAUUUUAUAUCAUCUUUUAAAAUAUCCAGAUGUAAUGAGCAAACUGCGAGACGAAGUCGAUCAAUCGACAAAUGGAGUUGGCCAUGUCCAUCUGAGCUUCAAGGAAAGCUUAGAAAUGCCGUACUGGCAGGCAGUAAUGAAGGAGGCACUUCGCCUCCAUCCAGCUACCGGACUUCCUCUGUGGAGAAAUGUUACUGAGGGCGGUUUACAUCUAAAUGGGCAAUUCUUUCCCGAGGGCACGACCAUUGGCAUUAAUACUUGGACCGCGCAUUACAACGAAGAUGUCUUCGGCAAGGACGCCACAGUGUUUCGGCCAGAAAGAUGGCUAGAAGCAGAAAAGGAAGGAGGAGAUAGGAUAUCUCGGAUGAAUGCAUACUAUUUCCCAUUUGGCUUGGGAUCGCGAACAUGCAUUGGCCGUCAUAUCUCUUACCUGGAAAUGUCUAAGCUGAUUCCACUGCUCAUUAGGAAUUUUGAUUUUGAGUUGCAAGACCAAGAAAACGAGUGGAAGACAACAAAUUAUUGGUUUGUUAAACAAGAUAACUUUGACGUGACGGUUAGACCAAGGGUGGCAAUGUAAGAACAACUGGGUACACAAAG